AACUGAGGUAAAUAGAGUGUUUUUUUUCCCACCUGUUCAUGGCGAGAGAAAAAGUUGAGAGAGCGAAAAAAGCGUGCUCGAUAAGAUUAUCGCGGUGAGACUGUCAGUUGGAAGAGAGAGUUUGACGAGUGAAGGAGAGCAAAUCAUGUGGAAAUCCGCGGAAGAAAGUCUGGCCAGAGAGAUUUUCCGCAAGUCCAAGGCCUCGUCAAACGGUGAGGCUAUCAAGGAUGUGCGUGAGAACAGCAAAAAGGCUACGAAGGUGCGAAUUGAGGUGCCCUGGGGUCACAUUGCGGGCAAAUGGUGGGGCCCCAAGAACACUCGGCCCAUCCUGUGCAUUCACGGCUGGCAGGACAACAUCGGCACCUUCGACACGCUCAUUCCGCUGCUGCCGUCCGAAUUCGGCUAUCUGGCAAUCGAUCUUCCCGGCCACGGAUUCUCCUCGCCUUUUCCGCACGGCAUGAGCUACACAGCUUACGACUACCUGUGGAUCAUCCGGCGCAUCCAGGAGAUUUACGAGUGGGAGAAGAUCUCCAUUCUCGCACAUUCCCUCGGCGCGCUGCUCACUUUCGUCUACGCGGGCUUAUUUCCGGACAAAGUGGACUUUGUCAUCGCCCUGGACGCACUCAAGCCCAAGAUAAUGCCCGAUAUUGUGGACUACCUGCAGACAAUGCUCACGAAUGUGGCCAUCGAGGACGAGAGGAAUCUCGAUCCCAGCGAACCGCCGAGCUACUCCUUCGAUCAGCUCGUCGAUCGCCUCCACAUCGGCACUUACAAGUCCGUCUCGCCCGAUUACUGCCCGUACAUCCUCAGCCGUGGCGUGCGGAAGUCCACAAAGUACCCGGACAAGUACUACUUCAACCGCGACGGUCGCCUCAAGUACUUCAAGCACCUCCUGAUCAGCCAGGAGAGCUGCCUUCUGCUGGCCAGACGCAUCGACAUUCCCUACAUGUUCAUUCGCGCCGAGCAGUCCGUGGUGAAGUUCUGGGAGGAGGAGAAGUACCUCCUGGAGGUCAUUGAGGAGCUGAAGAAGUGCAAUCCGCAGUUCGUGAUGCACCAAGUCAAGGGCAGACAUCACGUUCACCUCACAAAUCCCACGGCAAUCAGUGGAAUCCUGUCGGAUUUCAUCCGAAAGCACGGCCAGAACGACCGGAAGACCAAAAGCAAGCUCUGAGCGCGCAGUAUUUAAGCAUUUUAGCACAUGGACACGGGAUGAAGACUCCAAUUAAGCCACUAAUUGGGAAUUAUUACGCAAUUCUCUGCACUCGCCAAGGUGUUUAGCUGAGAAUAAAAUCAUUUAUGGGUUUUGCCUGAAGAAAAACUGCCUCUUUUUCCCCAUCUUCCCAAAUCGUAUCUCUUCCCUAAGCUCUUAUUUGAAGUAUAUUUUGUGGACUAUAUUCGAGAAAUUCAAGCGGUUGAUAACAAAUUUUGCGAUAAGAAUGCUAUUCACGCAAUUUCCUACUA